UUGUGUAAAAUUCAACAUUGUAUUUCAAAGGGAAGAAAAGCUAUGUUCAACUACCUGUUAUGACACAAUUCAAGUUUUUCUGGUGCAUAGUAAAGCCUUCUCUAAUUCAAUCUUUAUCUUUUGUUUUUGCUGCCUUGCAGGGUUGGUACAGUAGGCCUCACUAGACUUAGCUGCAACUAAGAAUUUCUCCUACAUCAACAAAGUUAAUGGUGAUGCUCUUGUGGAUUGGAGAAUAAAAGUGCACACUAAGUAUUUAAGAAGCGGAAAAAACACAUUUUACCUUCUCAGAGUUGUACUGCAUCCACUGCUAUCAAGACAGCAAACCAAAGGACAGAUUUUGACCCACAGUGUUUGUAAAACUAAACUGAUUUAUCUUACUAAGGCUUGGGGUUUGUGACCUGGACAUCAACAUUUGGAAGUUACUUGAUUUACAAAAAUGAGGGCGGCUUUGCAACCAGCAGACAUUGCCAUUGUGGCACUCUAUUUUGUGCUUGUUCUGUGCAUAGGCUUUUUUGCCAUGUGGAAAUACAAUCGAAGCACUGUAAGUGGGUACUUCCUGGCAGGGCGAUCUAUGACAUGGGUUGCAAUUGGUGCUUCCUUGUUUGUAAGCAACAUCGGGAGUGAACACUUCAUUGGGCUUGCAGGAUCUGGAGCAGCAAGUGGAUUUGCCGUGGGGGCAUGGGAAUUCAAUGCCUUAAUGCUUUUGCAACUCUUGGGAUGGAUCUUUGUUCCGGUCUACAUUCAAUCUGGAAUAUACACCAUGCCUGGGUACUUAUCCAAACGCUUUGGAGGGCACAGAAUUCAAGUAUAUUUUGCUGUGUUGUCUCUGAUUCUCUAUAUCUUCACCAAACUCUCAGUAGAUUUGUAUUCAGGAGCAUUGUUCAUUCAAGAGUCAUUGGGCUGGAAUAUUUAUUUGUCAGUUAUACUUUUGAUUGGAAUGACUGCAUUGCUGACAGUGACUGGAGGUCUUGUGGCAGUUAUCUACACAGACACAGUUCAAGCUUUGCUUAUGAUUAUUGGUGCCUUCACACUUAUGAUCAUAAGUAUUACAGAAGUUGGUGGAUUUGAAGAGCUUAAACGAAGGUACAGGUUGGCAAAACCAAAUAUUACAUCAAUUUUAUUGACACAUAAUCUUUCCAAUACUAAUUAUUGUCAUGUUGACCCAAAACCUGAUGCACUGAGAAUGUUACGUGAACCAACUGAUGAAGAUAUUCCUUGGCCUGGUUUCAUUUUGGGACAGACCCCAGCUUCUGUAUGGUACUGGUGUGCAGACCAAGUAAUUGUCCAGAGAGUGUUAGCAGCAAAAAAUAUUGCUCAUGCCAAAGGAUCCACUCUGAUGGCAGGUUUUUUAAAACUUUUGCCUAUGUUCCUUAUAGUUGUUCCGGGUAUGAUAUCACGAAUAUUGUUUGUAGAUGAUAUUGCAUGCAUCAGUCCGGAACAUUGUAUGAAAGUUUGUGGAAGCAGAGCUGGAUGCUCUAACAUUGCCUAUCCGCGUUUGGUAAUGAACCUUGUUCCUGUUGGUCUGCGGGGCCUUAUGAUGGCUGUAAUGAUUGCUGCACUAAUGAGUGAUUUGGAUUCUAUAUUUAACAGUGCCAGUACCAUCUUUACACUUGAUGUGUAUAAGCUCCUCAUAAGGAAGAAUGCUUCAUCCAGAGAAUUGAUGAUUGUUGGAAGAGUUUUUGUUGCCUUCAUGGUUGCAAUAAGCAUUGCUUGGGUCCCAAUAAUAGUGGAAAUGCAAGGAGGCCAAAUGUAUCUAUAUAUACAAGAGGUAGCAGACUACUUGACUCCUCCAGUGGCUGCUAUAUUUCUCUUAGGUGUAUUUUGGAAGCGUUGUAAUGAACAAGGGGCCUUCUUUGGCGGAAUGGUUGGGUUUGCUUUAGGAGCUGUACGACUGAUUCUGGCAUUUAUCUAUCGUGUCCCUGAAUGUAACCAGCCAGACACUAGACCGUUCUUCAUCAGAAGCAUCCAUUACAUGUAUGUUGCUACUGCACUGUUUUGGAUCACUGGAAUUGUGGCUAUAGUAGUAAGCUUUCUGACCCCACCACCUUCAAAAGAACAAGUUCGUGCAACAACAUUCUGGUCUAUAAAAAACAGAACUGUGAAAGAAAACACAUCAACAGCCAGUUCAUACAAAGCACAAGAGAAGAACAUGUUAAAGUACAGUGAAACUCUUAAUCCUGUAUCUUCAAAUGGGAAAUCUGAAGAAAAUGUUAAAAAUGACCAGCCUGAAAAUGUCAAUCUUCUAAUUACUUGCAGAGAUGACAGCAAUCCAGUGAUUUCUUUUAGUAACUCUGAAGUUGAGACACCAGUUGAUUGUUACUCUAAUGGGCAGGCAGCUCUUAUGGGUAACAAGAAGAGUGAGGAGGAGACUGGAAGUAGUGACAAACACUGGAAAUUCAUAGAUUGGUUCUGUGGCUUUAAAAGCAAAAAUGUGAACAAUAGAGUCAUCCAAGAUAAGGGGGAAGAAGAGACUAUUUGUCUACAAAUGCUGGAAGAGACUCCAAAAGUUAAAUUAUUACUAAAUUGUGGAUUAUUUUGUGUAUGUUCUCUUGGAAUAUUCAUGUUUGUUUAUUUUUCUUUGUGAACAGUUUUUUAAGAGUGUGGUCAGAGAUUCAGAAGAAAGACAAUGGUCCUUGGAGAAAUAUUUAUAUAUAAUUACAUGUGUUAUGUGUCUCAUAUCUCAGGCUUCCUUUACGUUAUUGUUGUCAAUCAAUUUGAAAAUCAUUAGAAAUCUUAUAGUCUAGCAUUUUUAUUUUAAUGUAGAAUGGGGGAUUUUGUGCAGUACUAAAAGUUGGAUUUCAGUAUACCAAAGUAAGAAAUUAGUGUAUUAAAAUAAAAUAAUCACAAUCAUUUGUAAAAAGGUCGAGCAAAAGUGAAAAUAGUGUUAAUGUUGGUACUAACACUUUAAAUAUUGGUAAAUUACACAUUAUAUACAGUUAUGAGUCACCUUAAUAAUUUCUGAUAAUUUUUCUUUUUCCCAGUACAUUGUUUUUGACUAUGUUCCCAACAAAUAUCUAGUAUUAAACUGAAUUACCCAUCUCUUGGUAAUUCAUAUCGUCUAAAAUUAUUAUGCGCUGCUGAAUAUAGCAUCUUCCUCCCUUCGCCAAAUGAAGCAAAUACUUAUCAGUAAUAGCAGUGAGUUAAAGAACUUUUACAAAUAGAUUAAGAAGUUCAAAUUAAGCAGAAAGAAUGGUCCAGUUCAGAUCUCCCUAGCUGAUACCCUGCAUAUUGAUUUAAGUCUCUAUUGCAAAUUAUGCUGUUUAAUGUUGAUGGGAGUUAUACUUCAAGUUACUUGGAGACAAAAUGAUAGUCUAAAUGGUGGGAAGACCAAAAAAAAUCUCACUUGUAUUUUCAACUAAAAAUACCCCUUGGGUAUGUUUGAAUGUUUUCUUAAACUUGAAUUUUACUCAUUAAAACUGUAAGAUUGCAGUAAUUCCCCCAACACCUCUUGCAGAACAACAACCAAAAAAACCCUCUAGCAUCUCCUCUGUGAAACCAUCCUCUGUGAAAUCUUUCAUAAUAUAAUGAUAGAUUGGAAAUUCUUCAGUGAUGGAUAUGGAAGUAACAAAUACCAUAAGCAUAUGUCUAGUAACAAUUUCAGUAUAUGGUUCUGUACUGGAAAUAAAUACUGCUGACCAUUUUUGUUUUUUUAAUUAGGUUUACUUUUGUUGGGUAGGUUGAAAUAAACAAAAAAGAGCAUCACCAUUUUAUACUUCCUGGCAUGUUGUAAAUGUUCAUGCUGAGCUCACGGGUGUCCUAUUGAUAUGAUAAUAAAUGCUGUAUAAGUAAGACUGUAGUAAUCAAAAGAGCAGAUUCAGAAUGGGAGGACCUGUGUGUAUGUAUCUGUAAUAUCUAGUUGUAGAGAUGGAUUUUCAACAAGCAAUUUCAGUACAAAAGCAGACUUAUUAACCCUCUUUUUCCAGGGUUGGACGUCAAUGAUACCCUCCCCCCCAAUCUUUCCAGCAACUUAAAUGAGGACUUAUGUUCUCUCUCCUCUCAGCCACCAUCAGUGUUCUUGCUAGUGUUCCAACCCCUCCCCAUCAAUCUUUUCAGCACUUUCCCUGCCUCCCAUCAGUCUCCUUGGCUUUUUACCUGGUCCCAAUGCGUGGACCAAACCAGCCCUGUUUGUUUAUGUGUGUAGACUAAAACAAUGGAAGCACACAUGUUUCAGUUUGGGCUCAGAUAACCAACAGCCAGCUGUUCGGUACAUGGAAGAAUCUCCUGUUCUGGUGGCUGCAGUUGGUAUAGCAAAGGCAGGAAAAUGAUCUUCACCUGCUUCCAAUCUAAUACCCACUUUCAAAUGGCAGUGUGGGGAGGAAUAAAUGCACCUCUCUAAUAGAGUGCUGGCAUUCACAGGAUGACUGAGAUGGCAGGGCCUAUGGAACCAGGAGCUGGCAGUUACAAAUCAGUUUAUAACUUUUGGCAAGAACUCUUUAUCAUUCUAUAGUAUGAUUUAUAACUGGCUAGAGGGAAUUUGUCCUUUGUUUAGAAACUGAGCUCAGGAUUCCAGUUUUGCAACAAAAUGCAUUCUUGUAAUUCAGGGUGGUAAAGUUGUGGCUCACCAGAUGCUUUGCACUUUUCUUCCCAAGGUCCCUGGCCUUUGGCCAUGAUGUCUGCAGCUGAUGUAAAUUCAAAUAUUCCAAUAUUUGGAGAACCAUAGGUUUUUUGCUCUUGGUUUAAUCAAGACUGUAGGACUGAAGGCUAGUACAUUUUUUUCUUUAUUUCUUUUUAAUAUCUGUACCUUAGAACAGAUUGAGAUUGCAGUGACUGUUUUAACAGCAUUGUUCAGUCAUUAAGUCAUGUCCGACUCUUCGUGACCCCAUGAACCGUAUCGCGCCAGGCCUUCC